AUGGCCAACUAUAGCAACUGCUUCCAUACAUCAAUCAUACUCUCGAUGCUUCUUCUCAUAUGCUUUGCUACCCAUGCACAAUGCGGCAGAAUCCUGGAAGACAUGAAAUCAAUUAGGGUCAAUAUACCAGGUGGUCUGUGCGCCCGUGUUCGGGGCUGCAAAGACGUAUGCAUAUGUUGUUUAGUAAAGGAUUCCUGCUAUGAUUCAUUUGAUGAAUGCCUGGCCGACUGUCCAAAAACUUCUCCGUUAGACCCAGCGGCAGCGAUGAGUCGUUCUCCAUCACCAUCCUAUCUAAUCUAG